AUGGUUAUGAUAACUCGAUCUAUACUGAUUUUUGUUUUCAUGUGGUGUGUAUCUCGAAACAAUGCUUCCCAUGGAUGUCCAAAUAACUGGGAAAAUUUCGGUAACUUUUGUUACACCAUUGUUCAUAGUGGUAAAAGCUGGCAGAAUUCAAACAGAGAUUGCGAGAAUAAAGGAGGUCAGCUUGCUAGAGUUUCAGGAGAGAAACUCAACCGUUUUCUCCAUGAAAUGUAUAGAAUCGACAAGAGUGGAAUCAACUUAUGGAUUGGUCUUAUGAAAUGUCCGUUUAGUAGUACAGAAUGGUGUUAUCCAAGUGGAAAAGUAGCAAACUACACAAACUGGGCACCCAAUAUCCUUGGCGAAAAUGGCGACUGCGUUGAAAUGCUUGACAUUGGCCUCUGGGGUAAUCGUCCCUGCAGUAAUAAAAGGCCUUACAUUUGUGAAAAGGUUUUGACAAGCAGCAUUUUUAUGGCAUAUCUCAUGUAUCAAGUGGUGGAUAAGUCAAAAUUAAAAAACGCUCUUAAAUCUCUCUUAAAUGAGUCAACUUGA